AUGGAUGCUUUGGAUGGUCCAUCUGACCGAAAACACCAAAAAAGGGGACCCACACUGCCGCCUAGAAUCACUCGAUCCCAAACUGCAAUUAUUCCUAAGGCAUCAGGUUCGAAGUCAAAGAGUUCUAGCAAAGUCUAUAAACCCCGGCUGAUUUCACCCGAAUUACUGGAGGUGUGGCAGACUCAUGUUCACCGGGACUUCAUUAUUGAAAAGACCUUAAAUGAAGAGGAUCUGGCUGCGAAGUGUGACAUUAUUCCAUUGCUUCGUGAUCAAAAUUUACUUGCGUCUCUCCGGCAUGUUGGUCCUUAUUCCACUUGGCUUACGGCGGAGUUUUACACAAAUUUGACGUUGGAGACAUUUACUGAAGGAUCUGCAAGAUUUCAUCAAGUUUUUAUUCGAGGCACAUGGUAUCCAUUUGGCCCUACGGAGAUUAAUGCGUAUUUAGGCACACCAAAUCAUCCGGCAUCCCCAGACCCGAGUCCACAUUUGCUGGCAGCAGCUCUCACACACAAUAAAUAUGUCUCUUGGCCGAGAGAUGGCCUUCCCAGUUUGAAGCUCACCACGGUUUAUUCUGUGCUCUUGCGUCUAGCUUCCGCGAAUUGGGUCCCGGCCGUGCGUCGUCACCAAAUUCCUGAUCACCUAGCUGGAUUCCUAUACAAAAUUCGGAAUCGGCUUCCAUUCAACCUUGGCAUGGUUAUUUUCUCUCAUUUAAUGUCUUUUUUACAGAAAAAGGAGGCCAAAAUACAUCUCCCGUUUCCAUGUUUGAUCUUCGGAGUCCUUCAAGAUCACGGCUUUCAUCCGUAUAAGGAGGAAAUUCUUACAACUCCCGACAAUGCCUAUCUCUUUGAUGAUCGACUCACUCAACGAGGCCAUUAUGAUGAUCGGGCGUCUCUGGCUCUUCUUCCGGUCAUUCCACCUCCGGCGCCACUGCAUUCUGCCCCGGCUUCUUCGGCUGACACUGCUUCGGCCUCUCGUCCGGAUGCUAAACGGAUUCCCAAAGAACCCACUACUUUGGUUGAUCGUCGGCAGAUUCUUCUCACUCUUGAGGCCUCCAUUGCGCAAGUUCAACAGUCCGUUGCCUCUCAACAAGCAACCAUCGCUGGUCUGGAAAAUCUUAGGGAUGUGCAGCUCAAGGAAAUCACCCGUAUGGAAGCUAUUCACGCUCAGAUUAUUGCACACACUGGUGCUGCUACCUCUGGUUCUGACUCUGAAGAGGGAGACGAUGAUUCUGACUCGGGCACCCCGUCUGCACGGUAA